AUGGAUGGCAAUGGGUACGGGUUUGGCGGGUCUUGGACCCGGAACCGACCCGUUUGGGGCGGGUCUGGGUCAGCUAAAUGGUUGUCGGAUAAUGGGUUUAAGUUUCUAGAACCGGAUGGUUCUGGGGGCCAAGGCGACACGUAUGCACUAAUCAUGAGCGUGGAAAGCCCAACAGCCAGCUACUACGUCGGCGACGACAAAUCAAAGCUCCUCUCAAACCUCCUCUUCCGCAUGGGCGGCGCCGCCAUCCUCCUCUCCAACCGCCCCUCCGACCGCCGCAAAUCCAAAUACGAGCUCACCCACACACUCCGCACCCACCUCGGCUCAAACGACAGAGCCUACAAAAGCGUCCUCCAGCAAGUCGACGCCACCGGAAAACUCGGAAUGUCGAUCUCAAAAGACCUAAUCUCCGUCGCCGGCGACGCCCUGAGAUCCAACAUCACCGCCCUGGCACCGUCGGUCCUCCCCAUCUCCGAGCAGCUCAUCUUCGCCGCCAAUUUAAUCGCUAGGAAACUGUUCAAGGUAAAGGGGUUGCGCCCUUACGCGCCGGAUUUCAGACGCGCGUUCGAACACUUCUGCAUACACGCCGGCGGGAAAGCCGUACUUGACGAGGUGGAGAAGAACCUUAAACUCACGAAAUGGGAUAUGGAGCCUUCUAGAAUGACGCUGUACAGGUACAGUAAUACUUCGAGCAGUUCUUUCUGGUACGAACUUGCUUAUACGGAAGCCAAAGGGAGGAUCAAGAAAGGUGACCGGGUUUGGCAGAUUGCUUUCGGGUCGGGUUUCAAGUGCGGCAGUGGUGUUUGGCGGGCCGUCAGGACUAUUAAUCCGGGUGAAGAUGAUUAUAAUCCUUGGACACGUGUCAUUCAUCAGUUCCCUGUAGAUGUUUAAUUAUAAUUUAUCAAGUUUCAUGAUUUUUUUAUGUUUUUUUUGUUUUUUUUAUAUAAUAAAUUAUAAAUGUUGCAUAUGUAUGUUGAGGUUUGUUGAUGUUCUAGAGAUUGUUCAUCUUAUUGAAAGUAAUUAUGAAAUAAUGAUUAAUAAUUUUCUUUUUUGAGAAGAUAACAAAA